AUGCCGGCGUUCUUCUCCCUCUUCCUCCUAGUCAUGAUCUUACAUGCCACUAUAGCAUUCUCUAGACAUCCUCCGGUGAGAAUAUCAGAAGCAACCAAAUGGAGCUCAACGAGAAGGCAGCUGGGAAAAAACACAUGCAGAACUGGCAACCCUAUUGAUGAUUGUUGGAGAUGCGACCCAGAUUGGGAAACUAACAGGAAAGUGCUAGCUGAUUGCGCAUUUGGGUUCGGAUGCAAUGCUGUGGGAGGACAAGAUGGCAACCUCUACGUAGUAACAGAUUCCGACAACGAUGACCCCGUAAACCCAAUUCCAGGCACACUCCGCUAUGGUGUCAUCCAAGAAGAACCUCUGUGGAUCAUCUUUGACAAGGACAUGGUCAUCAACUUGAAGGAACAACUUUUCAUGAAUUCACACAAGACUAUAGAUGGUCGGGGGCAAAACAUCCAGAUAGCGGAUGGUCCUUGCGUAACCAUUCGAAGCGUCAGCAACAUUAUAAUACAUAACAUCGAUUACAUACAUGGCUGUGUGCCGGGCGGAAACGUCGUGGUAAGAGACUCCACAAAUCAUCACGGUCUGAGAGGCAAGUCUGAUGGGGAUGGGAUAUCGAUAUUUGCGGCCAGGGAUGUAUGGAUUGAUCAUUGUACUCUAGCUAACUGCCGUGAUGGACUUAUAGAUGCUGUAUUUGGCUCAACAUCUAUAACAAUCUCAAACAACUACAUGUUCAAUCAUAACGAAGUUAUGCUUAUGGGUCACAGUGAUGAUUUCCUCGAUGACAAGAACAUGCAAGUCACAAUUGCCUUCAAUUUCUUUGGUGAAAAUCUGGUUCAAAGAAUGCCUAGGUGCAGGCAUGGUUAUUUUCACAUUUUGAAUAACAUAUAUACUGGUUGGGAGAAGUACGCGAUCGGUGGAAGUGCCAGUCCAACAAUCAACAGCCAAGGGAAUGUUUUUAUGGCAUUAGACAACAAUGACACAAAGGAGGCAAGUUUUUCCAUCUUACAAGUAACUAAAUAAUCACUUCCAUUCAUGCAAGAUCUUAUGAGCAACAAAAGGAAUAGGGUUUUAUCAAAUUUAACAAAAUGAAGGUCAUCUUUAGCGACAGAUAAUUAAUCACUUGACAGUUGCCUCAUUUCCCACUUAUGGAAUGGAGCAGUUCAUUCUUCACAGAUGGAUAAGUGAAUGAAGUCAAGUUUUAAGAGAUAAAAAAAGGCUAGUUUCAAAUCAUUGACACCCUUCAACUGUCCCAGCUAAAUAGCAACUU